UGUGUGUAAACUUCCCGAAAAUCUGACUCAGACAGUUCAGCCUCCAGUCAGCCGGACAAAGCUUCUGCAGCGAAGAGACCCUGUUGUUUGUCCGUCUACCUCCCUCUGCUCCGGCUCGGCUAACGCUGUUUAAGUCUAAAGGAUCAUGCCUCCAAAGAGACGAGCUGCUUCUGGUGCCAGGGCAGGUGGCAAGAAGGUGAAACAGGAGCCAGAGACACCAAAGCCUAAGGAUGCCUUCACUUCUGCAAAAGAGGCUCUUCUGGCUGCAGGGCCACAGGUAAAAGGCAAGAGGAAGGUGGAUGAGCACUGCUCAGUGUCAGGAGAGGUACAUGAAGAUUAUGACUGCAUGCUCAAUCAGACCAACAUCGGACACAACAAUAACAAGUUUUAUGUUAUUCAAGUUAUUAAAGACAAAAACACUUACUACUCGUGGAACAGAUGGGGCAGAGUGGGAGAAGUGGGACAGUCCAAACUUAACAAGUUUGAUGACCCUGAGAAGGCUGUCAAGGAUUUUGAGAAAAAGUUUAAGGACAAGACAAAGAACAACUGGAGUGAUCGGUCGAAUUUUGUGUCUCACUCUGGGAAGUACACGCUGAUCGAGGUGGAUGGAGAGCAGGAUGCUGAGGUCAAGGUAGACACUGUCGAUGGAAAGUCUGUGAAAGUCACCAAAAAUGUCCUAGACUGCACCCUUGACAACUCUACCCAGAGGCUCAUCGAGCUCAUUUUCAGCAAUGACAUGUUCAAGGAGGCGAUGGAAUGUAUGAACCUAGACAUCAAGAAGAUGCCAUUGGGCAAGCUCAGUAAGGUUCAGAUUGCAAAGGGCUUUGAAGUGUUGGAGGAGAUCGAGGCAGCCUUGAACCAAAAAAGUAGAAACUCACGACUGGAAGAACUUUCCUCAAAGUUCUUCACCACGAUCCCGCACAACUUUGGCCGGAACAGACCGCCAACCAUCGACAACAAAGAGAUUGUCGAGAAAAAGAAAGAGAUGCUCAUGGUGCUGGCUGACAUCGAGCUCGCCCAGACUCUGAAGUCAGAGACUGAAAAGGCUCAAGAAGAGAUGAUCGAGACAGUUCCUCACCCUCUGGACCAGGACUACAAUUCCCUCAAAUGCUGCCUCACUCUGUUGGACAAGAAAUCAGAAACAUUCAAGAUCAUAGAAAAAUACCUGAAAGAGACUGGGUGUGGCUAUCGUAAACCAAAAAUCAUUGAUGUUUGGGAGGUCGACAGAGAGACUGAGGGAGAGCGAUUUAGAGACAAUGAUGAACUGGAGAACCGCCGUCUGCUGUGGCAUGGUACAAACAUAGCGGUGGUGGCAGCCAUCCUGAAGAGCGGUCUGAGGAUAAUGCCCCAUUCAGGAGGCCGUGUUGGUCGCGGUAUCUAUUUUGCGUCUGAGAACAGCAAGUCUGCAGGUUACGUGCGCACCUCUAAAAAUACUGGAGUGAUGUUUUUGAAUGAGGUAGCCCUGGGCGAAGAAUAUACCAUCACUAAAGACAACUCCUCUUUGAAGAAGGCCCCUGCAGGCUAUGAUAGUGUGGUGGCACGAGGAUCAGUGGAGCCAGAUCCAUCCAAGGACACUGUCAUUACCCUGGAGGGAAAGAAGGUUGCUGUGCCUCAGGGUAAGCCCAUAGAUCAGCCCCAGUUUAAAGACAGCCACUUCAGCAACAGUGAAUAUCUUAUCUACAAAGAGAGCCAGUGUCGCAUUCGCUACCUGCUGGAGCUAAACAUGCACUAAUUGAUAUCAAGGAAAGGAGCAGGUUCCCUAAAAGAGAACAUUUUCCCAUACAACUAUACAAAAUGCUUCCUGAAAGGCUUUGCUAUGCUGUUUUCUUAUAAAAAAAAAAAAAUAUGAUAACUGUCUUUAUUAUUACGGUUAUUAUGUGUUUUAUGUCCCUGCCAUGAUUCACAAAUGACUCAUACUUCUCUGUGCCUUAUAUUUUGCAUACUGUACAACUGGCCUGAGAGUGAUAGACUGCACUUCCGUAACAAUACAUGCUGACUUAUUACUUUUACCCAUGCAAUGAAAUGAUUUCUUUUUCACUUUGUUAAAGGUCUUUAAGACCUCUAGAUAUUUGCACAGUUGUGUUUUAAUAUGACAUGCUGCACCUUAUGUUUUCUUUGACAUCUCAGUUCUGGUUUUAAUAGUUUACUUUUUACCUAUUACAUUAUUUAAUCGCAGUGGUAACGCUUCAACAAACCUGUUCCUUAGAGAGGAAAUAUCUUUAAUAUGUAGGACUUAAUGGCAUGCCUUUGCAGUUACAGACAUUUGACUAAUGUCACAUAAUGGAGGAGAAGUAAAAAUGAUACACUAUGCAUAGAUGUGUUUACAGACAGAAGUAUGAUGUGCAAUCUGUGGGGAAUGUCUAAGCACUGGUAUAUAUCUUUUAUUGAAAGAAAAAGACUCUGAAAGUUAUUCUACUGUGCUAAGUAAUGCAACAUGUAAGCCAUGAGUAGCUUGGUCACGUUUCUUUCUCAGUAGGUAUAUUACACUAAAUGCCACCACAUGGUGUCACUAACGAGCAAGUCCCUUGCAAUGUAAUUGUAUCAGCAUCUUUUGCACGACAUUACUAUUGCAAGACAUUACUUGAAUCAAUGAUUAAUUAAUAAACUGAAGUGCCCCUCCAA